AUGGUCACUCCUGUCCAAGUCACGGACGAAAUUACUGCAAAGGCGCUUUCUAUUAUCGAGAAGAGUUUGUCUGUGACUCCAUCUUUGAACCAGGCAGCUAACAUCGGCCAAAUUAUUUCGCAACUCAACGAUGCUAGAAUCAACAACACAGAUCUGGAAUCUUUGUUCAGUUAUAUCAUGACGUUGGUGGAAACAUACAAAAACCAACAAACGACAUUACCUCCGGAGAUAAUGAAAUCCGUUUUUGCCAAGGCUUCCAUAGCCCCACAACGUGACGGCUUUUCCAUCGACAUUCUCCGUAAAUUGUUUCUCGAAAUACAAUCAUUCAGUGGCAAAUUUACGCAGUCGAAUUCUUUUGCUUCACCUCAAGUUGAUUCUUCUACUAUUUUUUCUAUUUUCGGAAAUCCGAUCAAUUUGUCGCAUUCAAAUGAAAUCAUCCUCGACAUGGGGACACAGAUAAAGGACAGGUACCGUGACUGGACGUGUGAAAACAACCGGAAGUGUCAAGGAGCCAUCAUCCGUGUUCUUUCGUACAGAGACGCCCAAGAAAUAUUUCCAGUGAAUUCGACUACUUUGAAAGUGCAGUCCAACAUUAUCGACAUUGGACUCUAUAACCCCAACACAGGUGACGGUAUCAAGAUUUCCAAUUUGACUGAUAAAAUCAACUUCGAAAUGAAAAUAAACUCAAUCGGAUCAAACGAUAAACACCUCUGUCUUUACUGGGACGCGAGCCAAAUGACGUGGGUUCAAAUGUCUGAAGCAUUUGUGAACAGAACAACGUCCACAGGAAUAUGUAGCAGUUCACAUCUUUCUAUGUUUGUCGUGGCAUCUAAAACAAGUGAGUCGAUUUUCUCUUGUUCAUUUUCCCGAGGUUCAUCUAAUACAUUGACAUCGUCUGUGAAACGAAGUUAUUAA